GCUUAUAGAAAACACAAAACAGAGUGCUCUCGUUUCUACUCCCAAAACGCAAGCUGCAGUGUCGUUUUGAUUCCGAGAUUGUGGAGAAGCAGAUCAACUUUGAGAAUCUAAUCAUAGACCAAGAAGGGAAAAUGGGUGCUUAUAAGCAGAGCUCUAAGGGGGUUUCACAGCCUCUGGAUAGUUCUAAGAAGCGGCGGCGAAGUAAGAAGGAUGGAGCUAGUAUUGAGGAGACUCUGAAGAGGUGGAAAGAGUAUAACAAUCAGUUAGAGGCUAAAGUUCGUAAGGUUCAGGCGAAGGGGUCGAAGAAGGGGUGCAUGAAGGGUAAAGGAGGGCCGGAGAAUCAGAGGUGUAAUUACAGAGGUGUUAGGCAGAGGACGUGGGGGAAGUGGGUUGCGGAGAUUCGAGAGCCGAAUAAAGGAAGUAGGCUUUGGUUGGGUACUUUCCCCACUGCUGAGGCUGCUGCGCUUGCUUAUGAUGAAGCCGCAAGAGCCAUGUAUGGUGCCACUGCUCGCCUUAACCGGCCUAGUGUGAACAAUCAGAGAAAUUAUGCGUGUUCUUGGAGUGAAUUGUCGCAUGAGACUUCGUCGGUUUCAGGGGGUGCUUCUGUGGCAAGACAAGGGUGCUGUGAAUCUACGGCGUUGUUGAGUCAGUCUGUUAAAUCCGAGGUGUGUGCAGAGGAGGAGUCCUGUAUGAAAACCGAGGAUGGCGAGGGUGAAUCGAUAAGUUAUACUUGGCCGAAUUCAUUUACUCAACCCGGUGCGUCUGAUAAUACAGGGGAUUUAGAGGUGAAGAGUGAAGUCCCUGUGGACAACAUUUACACAGAUCAACCUGGUGUCCCAGAGGAGGCACAAGAUUGGAUUUGCGGAGGUGGCUUUGAUGUGGAUUACUUGAAGCAGUUUUCGGUGGAUGAGCUUAUCUAUGUAGAUGAUCUUUGUGGCCCUUCGGAGGAUAACAUCCCUGCUUUGAGACAUCAGGAAGAGUCGAGCUCCAAUGUUGGUCAUUAUCAGUUCACAGACAUGGCUUCUAGUGAGGGCGCCACACCAUCGGAUUCAUCAAUCCAGUUGCAGCACAUGGACCAGGAAGUUUCUGUUGCUGACUAUGGCUUUGAUUUGCUGAAUCAUCAGAUGCAGGAGAAUAACGUUGGAGUAGAUAAUCACGGAUACUUCAGGAUGGAUGAUUUUGAUUACGGCUUCACUGGUGGAGCAAGCUAUGGGAGCUGAUGAGGAAGCGUCAAAUGCUACAGCUGUGCUGUUGCUUAGUUCCAUGUCAUGUGAUGAUGAUGGGUUCCAGUAGAGUUGUGGUACUGUUUGUUGAGUGAACUGUUUCCUUUUGUCAUAGCUCGUUCUCUUAUAGAUUUUUAGACGAGAGAAUGUAGCAGUGACGAUUUUUCCUGUUCUCAUCUGUGGACAAGUUGCCUUGACUAUGAUCUAUAAACUAGCCCAUGAAUUGAUU